AUGGAGGAAGCAGAAUACAACGGUCCAUCCUCAAAGCUCAAAUUGCAUAUUUAUAGUAAGGUUCCAAAAAAGAAGCAUGUAAGAGAAAAUAUUGUUGUAAGAAGUUAUACCAAAAACCCGAGGAGAAAGCCCAAACCUUGGAGCCCUGAAGAGGAGGAGGCGCUUCUCAAGGGAAUCAAGGAGCUAGGACAUGGAAAGUGGAAGGAAAUCCUCGAAAAGUACAAAAACAUUUUCCAUGAAUGCAGAAGGCAUAUAGACUUGAGUGACAAGAUCAGGGUGAUGAACAAGAAGGCGUCCUAUUACUACACCACAAAAAUAAACUUCAUCGAGGUUAAUGAUGAAGGAGAAGAGGUCUCGAAUGCCCUUGGAGAAAGGCGUGUGUAUCCAUCGAAGUUUCCUUAUUCCGCUGCAAAAAAGGCAGGGCUGUAUAGAUUGUCUUCUGGGGUGAAGGAAGCAGUGAUUAAUAUCCAAGGGGAAAGGAACGGCGUCAUAGUCAGGCACAAAUAUCAUGUAUCCGUGUCUCCAGAGUCUCGUACUGGAAUCAACCUUGUUAAGAUAGGUAGCGAAACUAUAGAAAAGGCUGCACAGCCAAAGAAAACACAUGAAGCCCUUAGCACCGAAGAAUAA